CACAGUGGGUAUCUGGAAAAAUGUGUGAUGCGUCAGCAGAGGAUGACCCCAAAAUGGCAGAGGGCGCUGGCUUGGUGUCAGAAGACCAGCCGACUCCCUCUGUAAACUCUCCGGAGACUGUUGAACUAACGCAAACUGAGGAGGGUCUCCCAGGGGCUACCCUGACCUCAUACAGCCCACUGCAGACACUGCACCGACCCUGCUGUCUGGUCCUGGUGCUGAUCUUGCUGGUUCUUUCUCUUCUUUUCAGCUGGGCGGUAGUGCAUCUGAGCUUGGGCAAUCGUAGCAAACCCUUCAGGAUUUCUUCUAGCUACAACCAGCCCGGUAACAUGGAGACAGCGAUCUUUGACUCUGGUUUCACCACCAAUUGCACCAUAGAAACCUCUCGAAACGUCACUCUCCGGGGCCGCUAUCACUGCAGAGAGGGCAGAGAGAUCAAUGUGAGCCAGCUGUGUGACUUCAACCCUGACUGUCCACAAGGGGACGAUGAGGGAGAACAUUGCCGUCAGUUCCUUAAUGGAAGCUAUUGCUCAUUUGGAAGGGAAGACUGCAGCUGGCAAGUGGUUCCAGGUAGCGGUCCCCAAUGGCGGGUCCAUCCAUCCAUUCCCAAAGGCCUAAGAAACACCUGUCCAUCAUCAGGGGCUGUGUUGGCCAUUGACAGUCAGCCCAAAGGUCAGCGGGGAUUAGCCCAAGUCCGAAGUCCGCUUUUCUUCUACCCACUGCGGAAUGCCCCUUGCAUGGUCAAGUUUUGGGUGUGUGGAUCUUCAAAUGGAGUGCUCUCCCUCUGGAUUAUAGAGAACAGCACAGGUCCCGAGGCCCAUCGCAAUCUCUGGAACACAACAAACGAGGCUGAUAUGGGGAACGGAUGGAAACUCAUUACCUUACCUCUUUUUGGAUUGGUGGAUCUGUUCUACCUGCAGUUCAAUGCAGAUAUUUCUUCUGGUGCAGGAAAUGCAUUUGCUGUGGACAACUUUACUCUAAGCAUGGAAUGUUUUCUUGAAACCAAUGGAGAGUAUCCUCCAGUAUUUCCCACCAUCCCUACACCAAUCAAUGAAAACAUCAAGACCACUACACCACGUUAUGAAGUGACUGGAGCAUUUUCUCUUCAUCCCACGUUUACAGAAUUUGUCAAGUGGAUAUUCCACACAUGCGGAGCCACAGGACAAGAUGGUCCAACGCCAACUCAGUGCAGUAACUCCUAUCGCAACACCAAUGUCAAUGUCACUGUUGGAACUAAGGGACCAUUCAAGGGUAUACAGAUGUGGCGGGUCCCAGAGACAAGGAAAUACAGGAUCACAGCAUAUGGAGCAGCUGGCGGGCGCAGUGUCUUGGCUGUUCACAAGUCGCAUGGGGUCUACAUCACCGGAGACUUUCUAUUGCAGAAGGAUGAGCUGCUAUAUGUUCUAGUAGGACAGGAAGGAGAGUACGCUUGCCCUAAUAUGGUACCUACAAUGGACCGGAUCUGUAGAGAACAGCAAGGACCCUCCAACAACAAGACCCAGCUUAAGGGAGGGGGAGGCGGAGGAGGGGGGGCAACCUACGUUUUCAGGGUGGAGAAAGGAGUCCACAUUCCUUUGCUCAUUGCUGCUGGAGGUGGUGGCCGGGGCUACAGCAGCCAAUCAGAAAACCCGGAAGAAGUGAUGGACAAAGAUCCAAGCAUUCCCGGACGUAAUGGCAGAUCAGGAGCAGCAGGGGGUGGUGGAGGCUGGAAUGACAGUGCCCCUGUUGCUCAAGGUGGUAGGCCUCUCAUCCUGGGAGCUCAGGGCGGAGAGCCCUGUCAACUUUUGGGCUGGAAGACUCGAGGGGGUUUUGGUGGCGGUGGAGGGGCCUGCACAGCUGGAGGAGGAGGUGGAGGAUACAGAGGGGGCAGUGCAUCACCAGAUAAUGAUCCCAGAAAGGAUGGAGAUGAUGGAACAUCUUUCAUAAGCCCUGAUGGAGAGAUGUAUCUAGAGCCACUUAAAGGCAUGGAGGGCGCUGGUGAAGUUAUCAUCAACCCAGUACAAAACUGCAGUCACUGUGAAUCUGGAGAUUGCCACGAGACCUUUGAUGGCACAGUUUGUUACUGCGAUGAAGAGCUCACUCUAGCCCCAGACAGAGUGUCGUGUAUUAAUUAUACGGAUGUGUCUAUGCUGCCCGCCCAGCCAUCUCUCUCUCAUCUGGCACUGGGCCUGUCUGUGGGGACCUCUGCACUCAUUGCCGCCUUGCUCCUGGCUGUGUCUGGCGUCAUGAUCAUGUACCGGCGUAAACACACUGAGCUGCAGUCUAUUCAGCUGGAGCUACAGAGUCCUGACUGUAAACUCAGCAAACUACGGGCUUCCACCAUUAUGACAGACUACAAUCCCAAUUAUUGCUUUGGCGGAAAGACUGCCUCUGUCAAUGAUUUAAAGGAGGUUCCACGGCGCAACAUAUCUCUGACCAGAGGUUUAGGUCAUGGUGCUUUUGGGGAAGUCUAUGAAGGACAUGCUGUUGGGAUACCAGGAGAGCCCAGCCCUAUGCAGGUGGCUGUCAAGACACUUCCCGAGGUGUGCUCUGAGCAGGACGAACUAGACUUUCUCAUGGAAGCUCUUAUAAUCAGCAAGUUUAGUCACCAGAACAUUGUGCGUUGUAUUGGGGUGAGUCUUCAGGCUCUGCCUCGCUUUAUUCUGCUGGAACUGAUGGCUGGAGGAGAUCUUAAGAGCUUUCUGAGAGAAACUAGACCCAGACUAGAGCAUCCUUCCAGUCUUACAAUGGUGGACCUUCUCAACAUAGCCAGAGACAUAGCCCGUGGCUGCCAGUACUUAGAAGAGAACCAGUUCAUCCACAGGGAUAUUGCAGCAAGGAAUUGUCUUCUGACCUGCAAAGGUCCAGGGAGGGUGGCUAAGAUUGGGGACUUUGGGAUGGCAAGAGACAUCUACAGGGCCAGCUAUUACAGGAAAGGAGGCCGUGCUAUGCUGCCGGUAAAAUGGAUGCCCCCUGAGGCUUUUAUGGAGGGAAUCUUUACCUCAAAAACAGAUACAUGGUCAUUUGGAGUUUUGCUUUGGGAAAUCUUCUCGCUGGGCUACAUGCCUUACCCGAGUCGCAGUAAUCAGGAGGUGCUGGAGUUUGUGACUAAUGGAGGCCGAAUGGAUCCACCCAAGAACUGCCCCGGGCCAGUGUACCGGAUAAUGACACAAAAUUGGCAGCAUCAACCAGAAGACAGACCAAACUUCUCAACUAUUCUAGAGAGGAUUGACUAUUGUCUACAGGAUCCGGAUGUGGUGAAUGUGCCUUUGCCUGUUGAGUAUGGCCCCAUCCCUGAGGAAGAGGAGCGGGUACCCAUGCGUCCCGAAGACCCCUCUGCCCCCUCCUUGCUUGUAAACCCUCAGGGUGCAGAGGAUCCAUCAUCUGCUACUGCCACCAACACCGAGCAGGCUAAAAGAGAAGGAGAUUCCUUGCUUAUGAGCAGUCAAUCCUCUGAUAACAAAUGCGAACCUCUUCCCUCAUCUAAAACCCACACCCAUCAUCACCCACACCCCCCAGUAACUACUGCCCCCAUAGCUGCUGCCAAACCUUCUUCUAUAACUUCCCUUUCCGCCCAGGAUGGGGGCCAUGUGAACCUAGCUUUCAUGCAGGCCAACUAUUCAGAAAAGGAGAGCCAUAAUGGGAAGCCCACCAACCUGUGGAAUCCCACUUAUGGAUCAUGGUUCCUCCAGCAGCAACAGAAGAGGCAGCAGGCUCAGGUGCAUAGGCAGACGAGCGGCCCACGGAUCCCAGGUGAAGGUCAGGAACAAGCAGGCCGGACUGUGACAGUAGCAGAAGCCCUGAACCUGCAGCAACAGCACAAACAGCAACAGUACCAACAGCAACUCCAACAUCAACAACAGCAGCUGCAGCAACAAGGCAUGUGUCGGCCGCUUUUACCUCCUCCACCCCCACCUGCCCCGGCACCAUUACUGCUGGAUUCAGCCACCCUAGCUCCAGUCCCUCUCUACAGACUUCGUCGCUUCCCUUGCGGCAACAUCGGUUAUGGCUAUCAGGAGCAAGGCCUGCCCCUGGAGCCCAUGCCGGGGCCCCAGCCACCUCCCCAUUCUGGGCAGCAGAGGCCCAUCUCUUUAGCUCGGGCUAGUGGGCCUGAGGACAGCCGCCCACUUUUGGUUACCAUGGGAACGGUGCAGGACUCCAGACUUCCAAAAAUGGAAGGGCACAAUGCUACUGUGAUGUGACUGUGCACGCUCUCUCUCUCUGUCAGUGCCCACUCUGCAAAACACUGUGCUGUCCGGCUACAUCCACCCUCUGUGCUUUUUUACAUUGUGCUUUACCAUAAAGACAGGACUGAAUGAAAAGGUUAUAUACUGUAAGCUCAAAGAAACUCUUCAGUUCACAGUCACUGAAAAAGAAUGAUUGAUAGUUGUUUGCAUACAGAAAUAAGACUGCUGUUCUUCUGAAGCCCACAACUGAAAGCUUGAGAGACAAAAAAAAUAUUUAGCCCUCACACAAACUAUAUUAUAUGAUAUUUUUUCAAAAUUGGGGAGAAAAAAUUUAAAUAAAAACGGGUUUGUUGAUGUUUGCUUGCCUGCUUGUUUAUUUAUUCAUUUGUUAAUUUAUUAUUUGGAGGUUAUGUAAAUUAUUAAUGGGUGCGCUUCAGAAAGCAAACUGUCCCAUUCAUUAUGUAUCAUUUUGUUCAAUCUCAGACUUGGUUCGCUUUUAAACUGCCUCAGUUUUCAUCUAUCAAACAUAAUGAAUAAAAAUAGUCUGUAAUGGUUUACAGUAUGUGUGAGCAACGAACUGGUGUUUUAGUGAGUUGGUGGCUUUUUCUGCAGAUUGCCAGUUGCUACAUGUUUCUAUUCAAAAGCAUGGCAAUGGGUUAAGUCCCUUUUCACAGGACUCUUCAAUGCUACUCUUACCACAGGUAUCAUGCACUGCUUUGACCUUCACAUGAAAACAUCUGUAGAAGCAUUUUAUUUGAAAAAAGCAGGAAGAGCACAGAAAUGUGUGAAAUGCAAGUAGGUGAUAUAUUUAAUCUGAGAUUAGAAAGAAAUUGAUUUGUCAAAUAUAGGCUACAUGCGACAAAGACCAUCCUAAGCCAGGCUGAUAAAAGCUGAUUUUGCAGCAAAUUUUAGGUAGUCCGAUCAGCAUGGCUUUUUUGGUAAGCUUGUUGACCAAGAAACUCUUGAUGAUUCAGCUAUUUGUCAACAGAGAAACCUUUGUUGCUGUGUCAAAGUCAGUUUAUUUACAUUAGCUCAAUCUUUCACUGAUUUUGUUUUCAUUUCCACAUCUGCACCAACCAAGAAUGAUACACCAUACCAUACUAUGUUUCGAAAGCAUUAGCAAAUCGGUUCAAAGUUGUUUGAACGCUCAGUGUCACUGAUAAAGUUCCACACAACCAUGUUUCAUCAUAGCUGGACACUUUGCUUCGUAGAUUAAAGCAUUGUGGAAUGUUGAUAUGAGUGAUAUGAGACUCUUGACUUUGCUGUAUGAAAUUUUGGUGUUGGCUGUGUAAGAGGAAAUUUCAAAAUUUCACUUUGGAAAAUAAGGUACUAUUUUUUCUGUUUGGCAUUUGGAUUUAAAGUGAUUUUUUGUGUAUAUAACUUCCUUAAACCUGUUUGCUAGGAACAUUAUUACCUAUCCAUCUCUCUUUGUUAUUGUUUCUUUGUGUAGAGGAAUUAUUUAAAGCAUAAAAAAGCAUCCAUUUCCCCUUUAAUUUUUUUGACAGUCAAUGUUAGACAUAAAUCUUUCUUCUCAUUUCUCUCAAGCUGCUAUAUCAAACAAAUUUCUUUGUACUGUUUAAUUUACUAUGAAAAAGAAAUGCUGUAAUUGAUGAAGGAAUAUUUGUGGAAUAUUUUUCAAUCACCAAGAAAGUCUAGUAUUUUUGUCACUAGUGGUCUUAUUGUAAAAAGUAUCCUAUUUCAUCCUUAUCUUUCUUUGUCACCUUCGUAACAAGUCCUAUAUUGGUAAUAUCAAAGAAUUAUAAAAAAGUAUGUUUAAAAUAUUAUUUUCUACAUUAUGUAACACUUGUUAAAACAACAAAAUUGCAGAGGGUGGCUUUUUGUUUGCAUUAAUGUUUUUCGGAUGUCAUAAAUAGUACAUUUAUGUAUGUUUUGAUACAGCUGGUCUGAGGUUUGAAAACUGCCUGAUAUGGA